GGUGGGUGAGCGGCCGCUGGGCGCGGGCGUUGGGAGGAUUGAAGAAGACCCUGGGAUGUGUUUCCAUCACUUCAGUCAACUACCCUAGCCAGGAGGUUAUUACAGAAGGAGAGGAAUGUAGCCAAGCAUGGAACUUCUGGCAUAAGUGCUGGUUUCUGCCUGAAAUGAGACAAGGAACUGGAGCUACAAAUGGAAAAGAUAAGACAUCUGGGGAGAAUGAUGGACAAAAGAAAGUUCAAGAGGAAUUUGACAUAGACAUGGAUGCACCAGAGACAGAGCGGGCGGCGGUGGCAAUACAGUCCCAGUUCAGGAAAUUCCAGAAGAAAAAAGCAGGGUCCCAGUCCUAGCAGCUACCUCAUAGCUGAAAGCGAAGUAACCCUGAAAUGAUUUAUCAAGAAAAUGAGAAAUAUCACAAAGAUGCAUGUACAGAAGUGAUCAAUAUUUAAAGCCCCAUUGGCAGAUAAUAAACCAUAAGCUCGUGUGUGACUUCAUCCCAGGUGUUUCACACCCAUUAUCCUCUGUAACUCACCAUUUUACUUGAUGUUGUAAUAAAAAGUUAGGGCGAAGUAAUUAAAGUGUCUGCCUUCAUCUGUCUUUUC